UUAUUAAAACUGAGCAGCUUUAAUCAUUGGCUGCUGAAAUUCAAGGUUGGAGGAGCAGCGGGGAUUAACGUCCUUUAAAGCACAAAGCUUCAUCUCCACUCUGGCCUGCUGUCACUGCCCCUCUCUCUCUCUUCCUGUCAGCUGAUCCUCUCAUUUCAUCUCUGACACCAUCCUCUGCUGUCUUUUGCUCUUUCUCUCUCUCCUGCCAGCUGUCCAUCCCUCAGACAUCACCACAGUCUUUUUUUCUGCCUCUUCUCUUUCCCACAGCUCCUCUCUCUUUCUGUUGAUUUCCCCAUCAUCUCUUUCUGUCUCUGGAUCUGUGGCGAGAUAUGAAGCGGCACCAUGGGUUUCAUGGAAUUCUACCUGGAGAUUGACCCCGUCACCCUCAACCUCAUUAUCCUUGUUGCCAGCUAUGUCAUCUUGCUCCUGGUCUUCCUCAUCUCCUGCAUCCUGUACGACUGCCGGGGCAAAGACCCCACCAAGGAGUACGCCCCUGACAACACGCCGGCGCCGCCCAGCCAGUCGCCCAUACGCCUGGUGGUCAUGCAGAACUCGCCCGCCUCGUCUCGCUACGAGCCCAACAACACGGCUGGACAUGGAGAGCUGCCGACACCAGACCUGAGCCGGGACAGAGGAGAGAGGGAGCGGGAAAGAGAGAGGGAGAGGGAGAAGAGGAGUACGCUGGUCUGA